CAGUUAUUUGCAGACCAGUCUCCUACACAUCUCCUGCACCUUCCCCUACCUGUCAAUGGAGUCUUAAAUUAAAAUUUUUCAAUAGAAACAUCCGUUUCAUGUUGCUACAAAUCCAUAGUAAGCUGGAUAGUUAGCGUUCUAGUGACAUUCCGACGUGGCCAUGGCGUUCAAUAAAUCGAACGCGACGCACACCAAUCGCAAAAAAGUACAGGUUUCAUUUGUUAUUCGUGAUGAAAGUGAACGGUACAAUCGAUCAGGAGUGAAUUCCUUACAGUAUGACCCACAGAUGAACCGGCUGUACACUGCUGGGCGGGACAGUAUUGUUCGGAUAUGGAAUUGCCAUCCUAACAAGAGUUCAAAAGAUUUCUAUUGGCAAUCUAUGGAACAUCACACAGACUGGGUGAAUGAUGUUGUCUUGUGCUGUGGGGGAAAAUAUUUGAUUUCAGCCAGUUCAGACAUGACUGUCAAAGUUUGGAAUGCCCACAAAGGCUUCUGUAUGUCAACAUUAAGAACCCAUAAAGACUAUGUCAAAGUUCUGGCAUAUGCCAAAGAAAAGGAACAGGUUGCCUCCGCUGGAUUCGAUAGGGCAAUCUUCCUAUGGGAUGUCAAUACAUUAACUGCACUUACAGCAUCUAACAACACUGUCACAACUUCCUCUUUGACUGGAAAUAAAAACUCCAUUUACAGCUUGGGUAUGAACCCUAGUGGUACUGUGAUUAUUAGUGGGUCCACAGAGAGGACUCUUAGAGUCUGGGAUCCUCGAAGCUGCAACAAAUUGAUGAAAUUGAAAGGACAUACCGACAAUGUCAAGUGUAUAGUAGUCAACACCGAAGGCACACAAUGUCUCUCAGCGAGCUCUGAUGGAACAGUACGACUUUGGUCACUUGGUCAGCAAAGAUGUAUAUCCACUAUGAGAAUACAUGAUGAAGGUGUUUGGACGCUUCAGACAAAUGAAGCAUUCAAUACAGUCUUAUCCUCCGGACGGGAUAGAAGGGUAUGGAUCACAGACCUGAGAAAUCCAGAGCAACGGACAUUGUUGUGUGAAGCAUCAGCUCCAGUACUACGUCUAUGUUUGACACCAGAUAUGGAACACGUUUGGGUGGCCACUGAAGAAUCUUCAGUAAAACGAUACCCUCUUAAUGACCGGCAUUUGAUGAUGUCGGAAGCAUUAGCGACAGAUCCAGUCAGAAGUAUCAACACUGUUUCUCCUGAUCUAACGAUCAGGGGUGGGGCAUCCAUCCGCCACUACAGAAUCUUGAAUGACAAACGCACUGUCCUCACAAAGGAUACUGAGAGCAACGUAGCUAUUUACGACGUUCUCAAGGCGACCAAAGUCAACGACCUCGGUCAGGUCGAUUUGGACGAAGAAGUCAAGCGGAGAAAUAAAACCGUUUACGUUCCCAACUGGUUCAAUGUCGAUCUCAAAACAGGAAUGUUGACGAUUCACCUAGCCCAGGACGAGAACGAUUGCUUCUCUGCGUGGGUCUCGGCUAGGGAGGUUGGCCUAGCCUUGGAAGAAAGUGAAGAAACUAAAGUCAACUACGGGCAGUUACUGCUCCAGGCACUUUUAGAGCACUGGCCCAGACCAUUCCAAUUGGGGGAAGAAGCGAACGCCGACGGACCAGAAUCCGGUGGUGUUGGAGGAGGAGGUACAUCCAUUCAUCCGCCAGCCAUUUCGAAUGGAGCGAUUCAUCGGCCAGGCAAUGAAUACUUUUCCGUGUCCCCUCAUACACCUGUGAUAUUUAGUGAGGUAGGUGGACGGACGUUGUACAGAUUGCUGUGUCGUGACGCCGGCGGCGAAACUGAAGGCACGUUAUUGACGGAAACGGUGCCCACAUGGGUGGCCGACAUCGUCGUCAACCGUAACCUGCCCAAACUGAUCAAAGUUCCUUUCUAUCUACUGCCGCAUCCGGCCUCUGGCAUCAAAUGCGUGAAAAAGGAUCGAUUGAUUGCUAAUGACUUCAUCCAAAUUCGUAAAGUGAUUGAACACGUCUACGAGAAAGUAUUAGGCGUCCUCGAUACGAAUUCGUUUGGUACAUUGAGUGGCGUCAAUGGCGGUGUGGGGGCUUCUACACCAGCAGGAUCGGCAGCAACACCCACUGGUCCUUCUCCCGGCGCUAAUUCGCUUAGCGCUGGAUCAGCCGCCACGCCCAGUGGUGAAAAAGGUUUACCCGGAUCGGCAGUUUCAUCGGCCGCUUCGAUGGCGAACGCCGAUCGCCAAGAGACUAGUUCAAUCGCCGAAGAUAAAGUUGAAUUAUUGUGCAAUGACCAGAUCCUGGAACCCGGUAUGGAUUUGCGAACUGUGCGGCAUUUCAUCUGGAAAUCCUCAGCAGAUCUGGUCCUCCACUACCGACCCUUUAAAUAACCUUCCCAAUGCGAUCGAAGGAUCGCCAGCCAGUGACGAUAAAUCAUAUGAGUUCUCCCUCCUCUUUUUUUUUUACCCCUUCCAUUUCCCUGAUCUUGUUUCCUGUGUCUAUUUGCCGAGUUCUAAACCGUUGGGUUUUUGUUUGUUGGUUUUUCCCAUUUUCCUUUAUUGUAUGUGUGUGUGUCGUGUUCGUUUGGGGUGAUCCGCCUCGUGCGGGAUGGAUCAUCUUGUCCAUCCACUGUUUUAUCCGCUCCAUCCCCUUA